CCCCCCCCAGGAAUCCAAAUCCUUCGCUGUGGGGAUGUUUUUGGGGCGCCUGAACGCCGAGCAGGUGUUCCCCUACCCCUCAGUCCUGACCGAGGAACAGGAACAAACCCUGCAGGAGCUCGUGGGUCCCCUCACCCGCUUCUUUGAGGAAGUGAACAACCCGGCCAAAAACGACGCCCUGGAGAAGGUGGAGGACGAGACCAUGAAAGGGUUAAAGGAGCUGGGGACCUUCGGGCUCCAGGUGCCCCCCGAAUUUGGGGGGCUGGGGCUCAACAACACCCAGUACGCGCGGCUGGUGCAGAUCGUGGGCCAGCACGACCUGGGCGUGGGGAUCACGCUGGGAGCCCACCAGUCCAUCGGCUUCAAGGGGCUGCUGCUCUACGGGACCCCUCAGCAGAAGGAGAAGUACCUGCCCCGCCUGGCCACAGGUGAGUGGGUGGCAGCUUUCUGCCUGACGGAGCCGGGCAGCGGCUCGGACGCCGCCUCCAUCCGCACGCGCGCCACGCCCAGCCCCUGCGGAACCUUCUGGACCCUGGAGGGGGAGAAGAUCUGGAUCAG